AUGGAAACUCCUAAGAAUAGCACUGUUGAUGAAAUUCAGAUAGAACUUGACGUUCAGAAGUACAGCAAGUACUACAACAUGUUCUUCGGGUCAGGGAUCGCAUCCCUUGCUGCUCUAUUUGCUCUAUUUUUCUAUAUUGGUAACAAACGCUAUCAAAGAUUCAAUCCAAUUGGAAUCAUGUUCAAUUAGAUUGUGGUUUAAAUAGCUCUCUCAUUUAGAUUGGACUAUGAUUUCAUAUCCUCAUAAAUUGAUGGUACCAAUCAAGCAGACUUUUAUUGUUCAUUUGAGGGUCUUUAUUACUAUGCAUUUCACUUUUUGGCAGUCUAUUUCACAUCAUUUGGCUUCUCUAUUGUUGUUUACUUCUAGGACCAAGGAAACUUUACUUCAGCGGCUAAUUUAAUGUGCUUUGUAGUAGAUGAUAACAGUAUGGGGUACUAUUUACUCUUCAAUGUCCCAAUUUUACUAUAUGUGGUUAUGUUUUUCUACACCUAUUGCAGAUUUGGCAGACCUAUAGUUAAAAGGCAAGAAGCUGCCUUGAAAGCUAGUAAUGGUGAUUAAGAGAGUCUUCUUUAGAAAGAAGAGACUAUAGGGGGCUUAUCUCCACACUUACAUUUAAAGUUAUAUCACAACAUCAAUCUAUAGGUACUCUAUUUCGUUUUGUGGUUUUUAUCAAUCAUCCCUAACUUCCUAAUUCUUGACCCAACUGGGUUAAAAUGGUAUUCUCUAUUUUCUUGCAUCCACCCUAUUGUCAUCUUUGCUGUGGUAAUGAGAGCUUUGGCAAUUGGUGCUUAAAAUCUAGAGAGAUAAGGAGUGAUUUCUUAAAAAGAGAAAAAAGAUAACUAGAACCAGUCAAAUGGAACUGAGAUGAGUGACUACUCCUCAUUGAGCGACAUUUCUUUCUCUAGCACAGCUCCACCUUAGUUUAACACUUAAUACAGAUAAGUCCCUUAGGAAGAAUUCAACUAAUAUGCAGACAUUAAUCCUAAAAUAGUAACCAAAGAGUAAAUUGAGAAUUUCAGAAUAAUCAUUAGAGAGAAUAUCUUAGAAAGUAUAGUAUGCGGAUUCUAGGCUAUUUAAGAUAGACCUAAGCCUAAAUAUUUAUAUGAUAAGCAACUAGGCUAUGGUGAAGCUCCUAUUGAUACUCAUAUGGGACUUGAAACUCAAAUGGAGAAGAAAGAGAAAGUAACUGGCAUUAGAUACAUCAUAAAACAUAUAAAAGAGUUCUUUGCUUUCAAUAGACAAGGAGCUGGAGCCUAGAUUAGUCCUAAGGAUCCAAACGCUGAGGCAUUAGUGAUUGAGGGUUAAGUAUUAGGCCAUCCAGAGAUAAUAAAGAGAUUCAAUGUCACAAUGAAGUCAGAUGAACUAAACAAGUGUAGCAAAACUGAAAAAGUCACUUAAGCAAUCAAUACAGUAGAGGAUUUCAAGUAUGACUUCAUUGAACUGGCUCCAGAAGUAUUUCAUGUCAUUAGAAAGAUCAAUAAUAUUGAUGAAACACUGAUAAAGAAAAUAUUCAGUUUAGAUAAUAUUCAUAACCUUAAGGUUGAUGUGUCCUAGACGAAAGGAGGAAUGUUCUACAUUUUCCCAUUAGAUGGUGGAAUUAUACUUAAAUCUAUUUCAAAGGCAUCUUACAAGCAGUUGUAGGAAUUUAUUCCAGACUAUUAUAAGCACACCCUAAUGAACCCUAACACUAAGAUCUCACCAAUCUUAGGAGUGUACAGCAUGAAGCUAAAUAGAAACAAUGAGUCAAUGACUAUUCAUUUCAUUCUUUAGAGAAGUAUCUAAGAUUUUUACUAUGAUAGUCUUGCCACUGAUGAUAUUAGUUUUGGGUUUGAUAUUAAAGGUCAGGUUUAAGGUAGAAAGCACUUGGAUAAUCCAAGAGACAUACUUAAUUUCUCUAUGGUACUUAUGGACAAAGAAAAAUACAAGUACAAACUGAAGGACUAGGACUUUUUACAAAGCUUCAAGAAAUUAGAUAUCACUCAGUAUCAAUCAGAGAAGAUCGUAGCUUAACUGGAGUCAGAUGUAGAACUACUUACUAGACAUUUCUUUAUGGAUUACUCACUCUAUCUUGUUGUUGUUAUCAAGCCAUUCAGAGAAGUAGACUUUUUGAAAUAGUAAAUACAUGGUCUGGAUAAACUGUAAAUAAGCUCUAAAGAGGAUAGUAAAUUGGCAAAGAAAUACAGAAAGCAUCUCUACAUCGGUGAAUCAGAUUCUAAUCUAUAUAAAAAGAAGGGUGAGGGUAAUCUCAUAUUGGUAAAGGAGAGAACUCAACUGAGAUCUAAAGCUUAUCAUGUUUGUGACUCUUAUGAUAUAGUCUCAGUCAAGCAAUAUGAACAUGACACUUUGAAUAGUGAAUCAACCAAACAUUCUAGGCAGGAUAUAUAAGAACAGCUGUAGAGCCAAAUAGGUUAAACUCAAGGCUUCAGAUCAAACUCAAUAAUCAACUUCAUCAGCACAGGAUUAUCAUACGAAUUCUCUCAAACAAAGAUAAGUGAUGAUUAGAGAAGCGUUAGAAAUUCUCAAAUCGCCAAGAAGAAAGCAGACUCAGAGCUUAAACUAAAGGAGGAAUUGGAGAAAAGCAAAAAGCCCAAUGACUUACUUUAAUAGCUAAACAUGUUCUAUAAUGAUGAUUCAACCAAAAAGGAAGAAUAAAAGCUAUCAACUCACAAUAAUCAUCUUGUGACAAUCAAGCAUGAAGAAAAACCUGUGAUAUGCUACGAAUGCAAAUAAAACAAGAUGAAUCACUUCGUUAGCGAGUGCAUUAACAACGACCUGGAAGAGGAAGAGGACUAGAUCAAGAACAGCAUCUUGAAAUUCUCAAAGAGAGAUGUGAUUGAGCAGUUCAUCUUCGACCCUCAACUUGGAAUCGUCAAGAGAGAGAUUCAUUAUGGUAUUAUCGACUAUCUCACUACAUACCAAAUGAAGAAAAGAUACGACGAGAUUAAUGGUAUUUUCCACUAGGCUAAUACUGUAAGACCCACCAUCUAUGGAGAGAGAUUCGUGAAAACAAUGAAAAAGAUAUUCUAGUGA